AUGGAAAGUAGUAGUAAUUACGAAAGUCCCAGAUCAUCUAGAAGAAUUAGUCAACCAUAUAAUGACGAAGUAACGAACGAUUACGAUUAUAAUAUUAGUAAACGUUAUGAACAGAGAUCAGGAGGUGGAGGAGGCGGAGGUGACGAAGGCUGGGGAUCAGCAACAUCUUAUGCUAAAGAUUUAGAAUGGAACGACGAAAGGAAAAAUAGUGAUAAAUCUUAUUCAUCUAGAGGAGGUGGUAGUGGCGGAGGAGGUCAAAAAUGGACUUCUUACGAAGGUAAUAGUAGAGAUCGAGGAGCUCCAUAUUCAAAAGGUGGCGGCACUGCUGAUAGAUAUGAUGAUAAUAGGGCUUCGUAUUCAAAUGAUCGUGGUGAUAAAUAUUACGGGAGCGCUGGUGGUGGCAGUAGUGGUAAUAGGUCUCACCGUGAUAGUAAACAAUAUUAUGAAAGGGAUUAUCCUGAUAGCUAUGAGUCUGGAGAUCGUUAUAAUUAUCCUCCUGUUGCUGCUGAUAGUAAUAAGAGGGCUGCUUAUACUGAUGGUCAAGAUUGGGGUAGAAAUGAUAAAUAUGACACAAAUAAUAAUAAUAAAACAUAUCCAAAACAUGAUAGUAGAUCACAAUACCCAGAAAGUGAUAAUAGUAGAAGACAUGAAUAUAGUAGUAGUAGUAGAGGACAUUCUGAUAGAUCUUAUCCACCAGAAAAUGAUUAUGAGCAAUAUUAUAAUAGUAAAUCUAGACAUGAGGAAUCUUCUUAUUCAAGAGUUGAUGAUUGGGACAGAAAAACUUCUUAUCCAAGAGGUGGCAAUGAUUUGAAAAGAUCUGCAGCUACAUAUGAUGAAUACAAGAAUUUGAAUGUCCGUGCUAGCGGUGGUAGAGGACCAAAGUAUCCUCCUCCUAACAGAGGCUAUAAAGGAUCAGUGACCACCACUCCACCCAAGUCAAAUGAUAACAAGAGAUUAAAAACUUACGAUGGUAGACAAUCUUUUAGUAGAUAUGAUGAAGGAUCAAAAGAUUACGACAGACAGGCAGUAGGAAAUGAAUCAUCGUCAGAAUUUGCUGAAGAACCUUUGUGGGAAGAAGAUAAAUAUGGAAUAAAGUCUCAUGCCCCUAGUAAAACUGAACCUGAGGACCCAAAUGAUCCCUGGGGAAAACCUGCAUCAUCAUCAGAUCCUAAUCAUUGGGAUAAUUUUUGGGAUAAUUCUUGGGGUCCAAUGCCAAAUUGGGUUACAUUUAUGAUCACAAGAAAAUUUAAUGAUAUCUUUCAAUUGAUUGACCUUUCUUUAAAACAUAAUAAUAACACAAAUAAAUUUAUAAGCUUUUUCUUUGAUGAUGAACAAAAAUUUAAGAUCGUUUCAUCACUAUCAUCAUCUACCGCACCAAAAACAACUGCAACGGUAAGAAAUAAAGCUCAAAGUAAAGGGAGAAAAAUUACCAAAAUAUCUUCCGCCACCGCCACCACUAACGUGCGCAAGAGAAAAGGAAGGCAACCUUCCGAGACUUCUAACGAUUUAAAUAACGGCGGAAAAAGUGAAGCAAAUAGUAUGGAUGUAGAUGAAAAUAAUGUUAAAACUGAAAAAAGUACUAAUGUUGCUCAAGAAGCCAACGAUUCAAGCGAACAUCAGGCAGAAUCAUCUGCUCAUGAUCAUUCUAGUCCAAUCGAAAAUCAAGAAUCAUCUACCGCUAGAUCAAACAAAUCAUUAGAACACGAAAAACUUGAGAAAAAAUUGCUACGCUUAAGACGUAGAUUACAAAGAUUGGUACUUAAGGAUGAAGGGAUUGAGCCUCAAGAUGUUGAGAAAGUCAAUGAAAUAUUCGAAGAAAUCGAAAAAUUCCCCGUUUCUGUUCCGAUGUUGAGGGGCACUAAAGUGG